UUCUUGCUCUCGAGAGGCACUUGUGCUAGGGCAAAGACGUCGUUUUUGGUGUGUCUUGCUUUCUUGCCAGAACCAGAUAGCUCAGUCAAUUUUGGACGAACAGUGGUUUUGGGAGGAGGGAGAUUGUAUAGCCUUGUAGGUGAAGUGCACAGAUCCUUUUAAAACCUACAUGAAUUGCACAGAAGUAUGGCCAUAAUUCUGACUGUGUAAUUAUAAGAAGGUUCCUGACGAAGGUUGAAAGAAUUGCUGACAGGACUGAGAGAUUAAACAGAAAUGGAUGCAGAUGGUAGCUCCAAGAGAAAUCGUCCAGUUCGCCGUCCUACCAAGAAGCUUAAGUUCAAACCAAAAGUGCCACCGCAGAAGCCGAAGAAAUUGACUACAGAAAAGCCACAGCAGGAAGAACCUAAACCAAUUGAUGAAGAGUUGAUGAAGAUACUAAGGACUCGCCAAGUGGCUGCAAAAACUUCGCCAAAUACAAAGGACGAACGCUCAACACAGAAUUCCCCCUCGGCACCACCUUCUGCAGCUGCUGUUAGCUUGUCACCGCCACAAUCAGGAGUGCACAAGCAAAAUCAGUCGAAGGCACCACAAAUUCCCAAAGCCUUUCCUGUUACUGUUAGUCCAGGAAUGUUUUACAACGAAAAAAGUGAUGAUGAUGACGAUGAUGACAAUGUUGAGUUUCAGGAGACUCAGCCAAGUUCAACUGAAUGCGAAGCUUCAACACGUCCACCAGAGGAGCUUAAUUUGCUCGCACAAGAUAGCAAAGAAAGAAUGUUUCUCUUCCAGCUCCCAAAAUCUCUUCCUUUGCCAAGAAGGUCCAGUGUAAUUGAAAGGAAAGGAAAGAUCACCGGCAAGGAGGUGAAAGAAGGAUCCAACCUGCAGCAGUUGCCACAGGGUUAUUUGGGCAAAAUGCUGGUAUACAAGAGCGGCAAGAUCAAAAUGAAGAUAGGAGAUGUCAUGUUUGAUGUAAACCCGGGAGUGGAGAGCAAGAUGGUGCAACAUGCAGUAGCUCUGAACACAAGAGAGAGACAUUGUUGCUUACUUGGGGAGAUAGAGAAUCACCAUGUUAUUGUGACUCCAGAUGUGGAUUCUUUGUUGAAUGGCAAUUAGGGGUUAGGUUGUGAUCUGUAGCAAUUGUAGCAGCUUUGCAUAUAUUCUGUAGGCUAGUAGUUGUGCAGUUGUACAUGUGCUUGUUGUGGUUGUACUAAGUAAACCUUUAAAAGGACUGCUUCUCGCAGUU